AUGGGCAUUCCUCUAUCCACUCUCUCGUCUCCGUCACUCGAUGGUGGUCUUGUACCUGCCUAUGGCCUUGGUGAUGUCGGCCCUUUUACUUCGGCCUUCACUGUCGAUCCUUCCGACACGAACUCUCUCGGUUUCUCUGCGUCCAUGACCAAUAUGAAUGGCGAUAUCCAAGCCCAAUACACGGAUACUGCCAACACCCCCAUCGGAACCGGGCCCAUGACUCUUGCCUUGGAUAGUUUUUACGGGGAGGGGUUCAUCCUGGGCACAUACGCCAUGUACUUUGGUCAAACAACAGCCACUGUAUCUCCACAGCCAACAACAACCACAAUGAUCGUCCCGGGCCAAGCUACUUAUCUGGCAACUAAGACCGAGACAGUCUUUGUGACCACGGAAACCAAGUUCCGCUUCUUCUACGAGCAGCCUAUCAUCACCAUCGAGCACUUCCAGCUCUCAGUUGUCUCCAUCAACUGCCACUUUGAGCCUGAGUCGCCGUUCUUCCUCGAGUAG